AUGGAUACACUUUCCAUUCGUGCUCAAAACGAGAGUAAAAAUAUAACACCAUUAUUGAAGAAUUUUAUACUUGUUCAACAAAAUCCCUAUGAUGAUGAAUUAAAUCCCAAUGGAGUAUGUAAUUGUGGUGUUGCAGAAAAUUAUCUAUGUGAAAAUGAAUUAAUUUCAAAGCUUCAAUCAAUUCAAAUAUGGAAAGGAAAUCAUAUGUAUUAUCCAUAUUCAACAGGUGAAUUAUCAUUACGACAAGCUUCAUGUAAGUUUUUUCAAAAACUUUUUCAACUUAAUUAUCAACUUGAUCCAGAGCGAAUGGUAAUUUCAAGUGGUUUAAGUGGUAUUAUUUCAUUAUUAGGUUAUCUUAUAGGUGACAUAGAUGAUGUUUUUCUCAUAUCAUCACCUUAUUAUACUGCAUUUGAUCAUGAUAUAGCAGCUUUAGCAAAUUGUGCUAUAUUUCGAUGUCCUUCACUUGAACAAGAUAGUGGAAAAUUUUUAUUUUCAGUUGAAAUUUUUAAACGUGGUUAUUAUGAAGCAAUAAAUAAAGGUCUUCGACCACGUGGAAUCAUUAUUGUUAAUCCACAUAAUCCUACUGGAGAUAUUUAUGAUGAACAAACAAUUCAACCUAUUUUAGAAUUUGCUGCUGAAAAAACUUUACAUGUUAUUUUUGAUGAAGUUUAUGCAUUAAGUAUAUUUGAAAAUGAAAAACCAUUUCAAUCAAUAUUCAAUUAUACAUCAAUAAUUGAUCCAGAACGUACACAUUUUAUUUGGUCAUUUAGUAAAGAUUUUGCAUUAAGUGGUUUUCGUUUAGGUGUUCUUUAUGGUGGUUCAAAGGAAUUAUGUUCAUCAGGAGCAGCAGUUAAUUUUAUUCAAAUACCAUCAGUUAUAAUUCAAGAUAUUGCAGCUGUACUUUUAUCUGAUCAACAAUGGGUUGAUUCAUAUAUAAAAUUAAAUCGUUUACGUUUAACUCAACAAUAUAAAAAAGUUAAAAAAAUAAUCGAAGAUAUGGAUAAUCGUAUUUAUGUUCGACCAGCCAAAGCAGGAUUUUUUAUAUGGGCUGAUUGUCGUUUAUUAUUACAUGAAGUUACAUUUGAAGAAGAAAUUCAUUUAUUUCAAAUUAUAUUUGAACAUGGUGUUUAUUUAGUAUCAGGAAGUUUUCUUGGUUGUACACAACCAGGAUGGUUUCGUAUAAUAUUUUCUGUUAAAGAAAAAUGGAUUGAUGAAAUAUUAAAACGACUUAAAUCGGGAUUAGAUGCUUAUCGACAAUCAACGAUUGCUUCUAGAGCAUAA